ACGUCUCGUAAAUUAUUCACCUGUACCGAAACUAUUUCCUGAAUCGGGGUGAAUUAUCAGGGUUCCUAUAGGUCCCAUAUGCUAUGGACUUGAAUGCAAACACAUCUGUGAAUCAUCACCACCACUGGCCACUGCCAAUACCACCAGCUCUCGUUAAUUUUUACAUUCAACUUUACUGCCUCGUGCCAUUUACAUAUGACAUGUCAGCCCGGGCCAGCUGUGUUUAUAUAUGAAACCCGAAUAAGAGCAAUCUUCAGCUUGUGCAGGAAAGGUUGUAUUCGAGGCUACAAAACCUUCAUCUGUGGUUGUUUUAAAUACACUUGCCAGAGACAGACACAAAUAUUUCUGCCUGUUGAGAACACCGAAACUCAGCUUGAGGAUAUACCCCAAAGACAACGUAACGUUCAAUAUCGCAAUGAGUGCCGAGUCGUCCCAACCACCGCUGGAGGACGAGGACCAUGUUUACUAUGACGGUUUAGUCCGUCGGAUCAAGAGCGGUAACCUUCAACUGAUCGAGGUCAGAAAUGCCCCGGAACUGGAAGCGACGGGCACAAUUAUAGAGAACAUCUGUCACGUCCCAGUUCCAGAAUUGGCCGAUGCUCUCCACUUACCAGAUGAGGAAUUCGAAGCCAGAUACGGUCACCGAAAACCCCAAAAGACAGACGAUAAUGUCGUAUUCACUUGUAGGAUUGGAAACCGAAGUUUGAAGGCACUCAACAUUGCAAGGGAGUUGGGAUACACAAAGGCAAGACAUUACCCUGGUGGAUGGACAGAAUGGGUGAAAAAGAACAAGCUUGCCCUUCCCACAAAAUGAGCCCACCUUAACUCAGUCAUCGAAUUGAUGUGUUCAUUGCAUUUUAUAAUAUAUUUGAAUGCAAAUCUAAUUAACGAUUUCCCUUAAUUAAUUCAAAAACCUGUAGAAUUAUGAAAUAAGACACUGAACCAAACAGGUGAUUCAGGCUAGUGUGAAACUCACAAGUAAAAUAAGGAUAAAUUUGCUUGUCAAUUUUGAAACCCUACAUCAACUAUGUCGGGAAGCUACAAUCAUUCAAAGCGUUUUAUGAAUAAACGUAUCGUGUCAAGGUUGAAUACAUGAAAUGUGUGCAUAAAGUUGAACAGAGCCAAGCUGAUAGAUUUAUGUAGCAAAGUUUAAUUAAUUCGAAGGCCAUUCACUGAUUUUUCACUUCAUUGAUUUCAUAGUUCUAGUCAUUAAAAUGACAAACUUAAGUAGUCAAUGUUUACGA